GCGACGUCUAGCAUCUCCGCCCGACCAUGGCGGUGAAUCCGCGUGAUAUGGACGGCUUCAUGCCGCUCCUGUCAACGACGGAUAUCAAGAAGAAGCUCAACGUCGGCACCGCGCUGCUCAAUUUCCUCGGCGACUUGAGCAAGAGCAUCGAGUGCCAGGACAUCGGCAUGUUUAUCGACAAUAUUAUACCCUGGCUCGGCAACGGCAAUCCCAAGGUUGUCCAGAAUGGUUUAGAGAUCCUCACGUAUCUCGCGGAUCGGAUGGGUCACGACUUCAAACCUUACAUCUCCACCAUCAUCCAGCCGACGAUAGACAGGCUAGGUGACAGUAAAGAUGCUACCAGGGAGAAGGCACAAUUGGUGCUCCUGAAAAUUAUGGAGAAGGGAUGCAUGUCGCCUCAGAAUCUUCUGGAUAGACUUCGUCCAGCCUUCAAUCAUAAGAAUGCAAAAUUACGAGAGGAGGCUCUGAUUCUAUUGACGACUACGCUGAACGAACAUGGAGCAGAUGAGAUGGCACUGUCGGGGGUAAUUCCGAGCAUCGUAAAGCUACUGUCAGAUCCGUCCGAAAAGGUUCGGGAAACUGCUCUAAACACGCUAGCGGACAUCUAUCGACACGUAGGCGAGAGAUUACGCGUCGAUUUGCAAAGAAAACACAAUGUGCCGCAAGCCAAAAUGCUUCUGCUAAUAGAGAAGUUCGAUCAACUGAAGGCCGCUGGUGAUCUUUUACCCUUGGCAAUGUCGUCCGACGUUGGCAAAGAUACCGACGAACUUGAUAGAGCAGCGAUCAAAUCGGCUCCCGUCAAAAGGUUUAACAUGCCUCCGAAAAGAGGUCAAUUUGGGCCUGCUAAAACACCAUCCUCUGCCUUAGCGCAAGCCGGAGCUGUUGAUGAAGAAUGCUUUAUUACUUCAUUCGAGGACGUACCUACCGUCAAUCUAUUCUCAGCGAAAGAUCUCGAAGAACAGAUGAAGAGUAUCAGGGAUACUGUGGGUGACGAUAAAAAGGACUGGAAACAAAGAAUGGAUAGCAUGAGAAAGUUAAGAGCCAUUAUACUCGCAGGUGGCACUAAUUACGAAAAUUUCCACGAGUGCCUAAAGAGCGUACAGCGUCCGUUUGAACAGGCCUGCACUGACCUUAGAUCCCAAGUAGCGCGAGAAGCAUGUAUAACUCUCGCUUUUCUGAGUCAGAGCCUGAAGACCAAAUUUGCCAGUUUUGGUGAGGCGGUUUUGCUCACGUUAAUGAACCUCAUACAGAACAGUGCCAAGGUCGUAGCGACAGCCGGAGCGGUGGCAGUUCGGUUUAUCCUUCAAAAUACCCACUGUACUCGAUAUGUGCCUAUUAUUGUAUCAUGCGUAAGCAACAAGAGCAGAGAUAUUCGUAGGGCGUCUUGGGAAUAUCUGGCUUUAAUCCUGCAGACCUGGCCUACGCAGAUAUUGCAGAAACACAUAACAAUAUUGCCGGAUGCACUUAAAAAGGGCAUCGCGGAUUCCGACGCAGAAGCACGAGUCUUCGCUAGGAAAUCAUACUGGGCAUUUAAAAAUCACUUUCCAGAGCAGGCUGAGAUACUACUUAAUAACUUGGAUGCGACGUAUAAACGCUCCUUGAUGUCUCUUAGCAAUAGUGGUAGUAGUAACAGCUUAAAUGUCAUGGCUAAUAUGAGAUCGUCGAGCGUUAGUCCACGUACAGCCAGACCCGUGAUGAGCGCGGCAGGUAGUACGGAAAAUUUGCAUCAGACCACGGGUCAACCGCACGGUCCGCUCAGACGUACUCCGUCCUUGCCUCGAUCUUAUCGUCAAUCUGGUAUCCCGAUACUACAAAGACCAACAGACAGUCACUAUCGAGGUACACCAGGAGUUAGAUCUACCAGCGCGAUUGAUUUGCAAGCUGCUCAAAGGGCGAAAGCGAGAAUAAUGUACGCGAAUAUGAGCAGACAGAAGGCAGCAGCAGCACUUCCUCGACCUACUAAAUCCCCUGAUCCCAAUGCGAUUGCUAGCCCAGAAAGAGUCGCAAGGACAAGGACAAGAGUGGCGGGAGUUUCACAAUCUCAACCUAGCAGUAGAUCAGGUUCCCCGUCGUCUAGAUUAAGUUACGCUACAUACAAUCGCGAAGGUGAAUCACUAAUAGGCAGACCAAGACGAUUAUCCGGACAUACUAUUGGCAGUACAAGCAACAGUCGUGAGCCGAGUCCGCAGAGAUUUGGAAGCAAACUAAGAGGGAGGAAUCUACACAUGUCGCCAACGGACAGCACUAGGCCACCAGUGAUGGCGCAAAAGAUGCUGCAGAAGUCACGUGAAGCAGAGUCUGCAUUGGCGGAUGCUUUAACUUUCGACAGUAUUGAUAAUUACACCAGAAUACCAGGCAACAAAGGGGAUCACAGCGACGAUAGUGAAAACAGCAGUAUAUGUUCAGAAAGAAGUAUAGACGGUUUUAGACGAGCUAGUGAUUCGUUCUCAUGGAGUGGCUCUCAAUCGAGAUUAUACCGUGAUCUAUGGGAUCAGUCUAUCCCAAAGGACAUCAAAGAAAUUAUUGAAAACUGUGCUCAUAAACAUUGGGGAGAUAGAAAAGAAGGUUUAGUGGGCUUACAACAUUAUUUGAGCAACGGAAAAACUUUAACAACAACAGAUUUGCGUAGAGUGACGGAUAUUUUUACGAAAAUGUUUAUGGAUUCUCAUACCAAGGUAUUUAGUUUGUUCUUGGACACAUUGAACGAACUCCUGAUUACUCACAACGAAGGUCUUGGCGAUUGGUUAUAUGUUUUAUGUGCGAGGCUUCUCAAUAAGUUAGGCACCGAUCUAUUGGGAUCCAUACAAACAAAGAUUCACAAAACACUUGAUGUUGUGAGAGAUUGUUUCCCGGGCCAACAGCUUCUACCAGCUGUGAUGAGGUAUCUGACAGAUCCAACACAAACACCAAAUUCUCGCGUGAAAGUAGCAGCAUUGACUUUUAUCACGCAGAUCGCUGAGACGGCAGAACCGUCCGCGCUGGGCAGUUCUGCAGCGACAGCACUUGCACGGUUGCUCGAUUGGUCGAAUGACGGCAAAAGUCACGACGUGAGGAGACAUGCGCAAAAUGCUGUGAUAUCGCUUUACAAUCUUAAUCCACCUCAAGUUACUAUGAUACUCUCCGAAUUACCAAAAUACUAUCAAGAAACAGCCUGGCCUCUACUGGAGAACCAUUUAAGGAAAUCUUCCACUUCUAGUACUCCGGCAUCACCUGGUACACCACCGCCUAGAUCACAGAAUUCACCCGCUCGAACGAAAGCGAAAAACGAUAUUAAAACGGACAAGACUGAAAUCGAUGGAGGAGAUGAGAACUUGGAAGAAGUAUAUAAAUCUCUACGACGCACGACUGCCGAAAUCCAAAAUUACGGCUUCGAACGUUUAGAGAGGGCUACCACUAGCAAAGAUAGUGGUAUUAGUAAUAUGGCAGAUGUGGAAGAGAGAAUGGAAGGUUUGACGUUAUCCAAUUCGGGUCGAUCCUCGUCCGUUUCCUCACCGACGCAACGAGGACGGUCUGUUAGUAACAUAACGGUAAAUGGAUCCGAUACAAUUGCCGGUGAUUUGAUUCUACCUCAAGAGAACAAUGGUUAUAAAACGCACGGUUCAUCACCAGAUUCAACAAAUAGACCGGAAAUCGUGGAUAACAUGGUUAAAACUUUGCAAUCUAAAGUAGCGCAAACUACGGAAAAAGUAUCGGCGUUGCAAGAAUUUCAACUGUACGUCCGCGAAGGCGAUUCGUCAUAUAUCAAACGAAAUUUCAAAAAAGUGCUCAAAGUUUUAUUAGACAGCUUAUCCAAUGAUGGCAAAGUGGUACAAGUAGAAGUGCUACAAACAUUGAUCGAUAUGCUUAAAUGUUCCGAAUUAAUAGAAAGCUUUUCCUCUUACAAUGAGUUACUAAUAUUGAAAGUUAUCUAUGCCUACAAGGCAGAUGAUCAAAAGGUCGAUUCUUCCAGCAGUAGUGGUGGCAGAUCUCCAGUUCAUUGGAAUGCGGAAAAAUGCGCGGCGACGAUGGCCAUGGUUUUAAAACCGGAACAAAUUAUUCAUUUAGUCUCCACUAUAAUUGCUACAGAGUCAUAUCCAUUGAAUAUGGGCGCGAUAAAGAUGUUGCACAAGGUAGUGGAACAUUGGGGUCGAGAUGCUAUUGAACCUCAUCUUGCCAAAGUUAUGCCUGGUCUUAUUAAGGCUUACGAUGAUAAUGAAAGCGCGGUUCGUAAAAGCGCAGUCUUUUGUAUGGUAGCAAUCCAUGUCGCAGUCGGCGAGGAAGCGUUGAAGCCGCAUCUAAGUUGCCUGUACUCCAGUAAACUCAAGCUACUGAACAUCUAUAUACAACGUGCGCAGCAACAGGCAAACAGUCAACCUGCGAGUCCGCGUAGUAACAGCAAGAAUUAACCAACAUCCAAUACCACGACUCUCAGGGUCGCAAUACUUAAGAGAUUCGCUCGCUUUGGCGCGCGGCAUGAGCGAGUGCUUGUUAGCUUCCUCAGUAAGUCCGAUCCGUCAUGAUGGUUGAUGACGACGGUUUUAACAGUAUGACUCGAAAGUUUUGAUACGGUAGAGACUGAUGUGCGUAUGUGUGUGUGUGCGUCACUUCGCGACGGAGUACGAAUCGCUGUUCGAAACGACGAAGAUAUAUGAGGAAUCAACGCGACGAUAAUUGUUUUGAUGUUACGACGUUUAUCGAAUUAAUUGUUAAAAUAAUAAGGGCUUAUAUAGUUGGUUAAUUCUUAAGAGAGUAAAGCAA